UUUGUAUUUUUGAUAACAGGAUGAGAGGCCCAUUGCUGAACCUAUACUGGUUUGUAGGUCAUGUCAUGGGACAGCUGAAUGCAACAGAGAAGGCAAGCCAGAGGAUCUAAUCUCUUGCGCCGAGUGUGGCAACAGUGCUCACCCGUCAUGUCUUAAGUAUUCAUCAGCUCUGACAGAGCGUAUUAGACUCAGUCGAUGGCAGUGUGCCGAAUGUAAAACAUGUGCAAUCUGUAGUCAAGGCACCAAGGAAUUACUUGUGUGCGAUGCCUGCAAUCAAGGGUACCACGCCAGUUGUCUGAAGCCGCCCUUGAAACGCAUCCCCAAAGGUUGUUGGCGCUGUAAGCCAUGCAGGACGGGCAAGGUGCCCGGGAUGGGGCGCAGAGGUCCUGGCAGGCCAGGCAACAACAGGUUGUUCCGGGGCAAGCAGUACCAGGCCAAACUCAACAAGGCCAACAAACUCAAGAUGAGGGCUAUGAAGAAUGGCUCAACGUCAUCGUUUGCCACCAAGAAGCUGGCUGCUUCAAGGAAAGGACAACGAGGUCCAAGGAAGCAACAAGGGAAACAGGAGAUUCAGGGUUCAUCAGAUGGCACCGGUACGGCCACCAUCACUACCACCAACACCAACAACACAACCACAACAUCAUCAACAACAAAUCACCACCCCCACACACACCACACGCGGGAGGGCGACCUGCCCUCCCUAUCCUCAAGAGAUAGGACUCCAAGUGAGACGGACCUGCUCUCGCUAGAGAGAGGGAUCGUCUCACCAGCCUUGACAGGCAUACCCCCUGCAGACAUUUAUGAUAGGCUCAAGCCAAAGGGGCUUAUCGAUGGCCUCAGUAGGUUUUUCACCCCGACCAACCGUCGGAAAUCGCGCAGCUCGUCACAGUCGUCGGCAUUCUAUGCCAUCCGGCCAUUCCGACCGAAGGUGAAGCACAAGAGCGAAAGCGACAGGGACGCCGUGUUUUCAGCAGCUGUGAAAUCGCGAAGUGAUUUGUUGAACAAGGAUAAGGAGAAGAAAGAUAAUGAGGGAGAUAAGGUUGGGGACACCCCCGUUGUCGAGGUGAAGGUUGAGAAGGACGACAAAGUUGUAAGGACCGCAAAAGAUGAUGUUAAACAUGCCAAAGAUGCCAAAGAGUCACCUCCGUCGUUGUCGCCGUCUUUGAAAAAGUUGGCUACUCAAGCGUCUGAGGACACCAGGUCACAUUCAAACUCCUCCUCACCGCACUCGCAGAUGAUGAGAACGGGUAACAUGCAGUUGAAAGGUUUGUUUGACGGGCUAUCGCACUUGUACGUUGCGCCUGCAUCACCCCGGAAACGCGGCUUACCACCGGUGUAUGCCGCGCCCAAGAGGGUCCGUAAGAUGCAUUUGGAUAUGUUUGGCAAUGAUGAUGAUAUGUUCAAAGUUCCGGCUGCGGAGGAGAGUCCUGCUUUGUCCAAGGCCUCUGAAUCGCCCUCUGUAUCGCCCUCUGUCUCCCCGUCCCCACCUCUUUCAACGGACACCACCCCUGUGAAGGGACAACUCACACCAAAGAAUAGGAAGUUGAAAAAAAUGAAAGGAGGCUUGACAGCCAGUGCUUCGAAGAUUGUGAAAAAGGCUCGGGCGAUGGGAUCGAAGAAAGAAAAGAAAGGAGUGGCACUUUCGAAAAGGUGGGCGGUCAUGAAGAACAAGAAGCCCGGAAAGCUCAAGAAAAAGUUGUUGCAAGAUCCAGUCAGUACGGAAGUUAACACUGAAGCUAGUCCAGAAGUUCCCGCAAUGCCCAAGCUGGGAAAGGGUGUCAAAACAAAGAAGGCUGUCAAAUCCGGUGAUUCACCGGUCGCGACGCAGAGGCCCAAGCUGCCCAGCGGUGUGACGGAGAAAGACAUGGAGCUGUUUCGCAUCGUCCAGGAACAGGCCAUGUUGGUAAUUAUGCCGCCAAAAUCACCUCAAGAGGGCGAUUCGAGGCAAGCUGAACAAGCUGCUGUCGCCGAGGCGACGGCAACCGCCAGCACCAGUGCGGGACCAUCCACCAGCGCGGGACCAGGGACAGCGAAGGCUCCGGGACCUGGAGGACCCAGUGCCCCGCCUCCCGUGAAGUCGCCUUGCAUCAUCGAGUUUGGAAGGUACGAGAUCCAGACGUGGUACACCUCACCCUAUCCUCAGGAGUACGCCCGGCUUCCCAAGCUGUACCUCUGCGAGUUUUGUCUCAAGUACAUGAAGAGCAAAAGCAUCCUUGUCAGGCAUUUGACCAAAUGCGGUUGGUACCACCCACCAGCAAACGAGAUCUAUCGCAAGGGUGACCUCUCUGUCUUUGAGGUGGACGGGAACAUCAGUAAGAUCUACUGUCAGAAUCUCUGUCUCCUUGCCAAGCUGUUCCUGGACCACAAAACCUUGUACUACGAUGUGGAGCCGUUCCUCUUCUAUGUCCUCACCCUCAAUGACAAGAAAGGCUGCCAUCUUGUUGGCUACUUUUCCAAGGAAAAGCACUGUCAACAAAGAUACAAUGUGUCCUGUAUCAUGACGUUACCUAUGUACCAAAGGAAAGGCUACGGAAGGUUUCUGAUCGACUUCAGUUACCUGUUGUCUAGGAGAGAAGGGCAGACGGGAACCCCUGAGAAGCCCCUCUCAGACCUUGGCAAGGUCAGCUACUCGGCUUACUGGAGGAGCGUCAUCCUGGAGUAUCUUCAUCGGAACAGGGACUCCAAGAAACUCACCAUCAAAGCAAUCAGCAGGUCUACGGGGAUGUGUCCACAUGAUAUAGCGGCUACCCUUACCAGCUUACGGAUGAUGAAAAGACAAGGAGACAAGGUCGUACUGAGGAUACGAAAGAAGCUGAUAUCCCGCCACCUGACCAAGCUUCAGCAGAGCAAACACAAGAGGUUAGAACUGGACAACGACUCCCUCCGUUGGUCACCCAUAGCGGUCACUGGUCUAGCGGUCUUAGAGGAAGAAAGAGAGGCAAAGAGAGAGGUCCAAAAGAUGGGUGCACUGGUGAGCGACCUGGAGCGGGAGAGACGGCAAGGGUCCCUAUCUCCGCGCAUCUCAUCCCCGAACAAACUCACCGUCACCAGAGAUGUCUUUGCCCGGGAUGCUGCCGAUGCUAGCCCCGUCAAAACCAAGAUGAAGAAGAAAAAGACUACUUGCUUACUUUAUCCAAAUCCUAUCAACUCGGAGGAAUGCGAUUGUCCUCCUCGACUUACUAACCAGUUCAAGGUUCAUUCACGAGACAAGGCGGCUUCGUUUGAUUGUCUACCUCCGGCCCUAACGAAGGAGGUCCACACAAGACAGAAGAAGGUUCGGAAGCGGAGACGGAAGAUCCCGGUCCUCCAGUCGGUGGCCGAUGAACCACUGGUGAAGAAGAAGAAACCGCCUGCUGCCUCGGAUUCUGAUUCCGACGGUGGACAACCCAAGCUCUUCAUCGCAGAGGAACCCAGUCACGUGAAGACCACGCCAGUCAGGACAGGACCCAAGAAGAAACUCAAGUCACCUUUGAAGAACAAGAAGAAUUCAAAGGUCAAACGAGGUCCAGGACAUGGUAACAAGAAGCUGACCAAAUCCAAGCUGAAGUUAACGGGCAAGGGUCUAAAGUCCAAAGGUGCAGCUAAGAGCAAACUGUCAUCAGUCAGUGGCAAAGGAGCCAAGAAAGGAUCAGGAAAGGGCGGAAAGGGCAAGCUUGCACUGAAAUCAAAGCUUGGUCCUGUUAUAAAUGGUGACUUCAGCAGCUCGGACAGUGACUUUGAGCCACCCAAGCCCCCACCCAGGAUUGGCCGGCCACCUAAAGUAAAAGCUCCCAUCCAACCACCGGUCACCUCAUCCACCAAGGCUUCAGCCAAGAGUACCGGGUCUACUCCUGGCACAUCUACUACCAGAGGGCGUCCAAAAAACGGAGAGCCCGCUACCCCCAUAGAGCAAAGGCGAGGGUGGCCUAGGGGGCUUCAGCGGGCGAAACAACAAGAAGACGGGCCACCAAUAGUGAAGAAGCGCAGGAGGAGGAGAAAACGUGUUCCGCUUUGGGAGAGGAAAAAGAAGACAAAGCCAAAACCGAAGCCAAAGCCUCUGAGCCCACCGCCACUAUCACUCCAAGCAGCUGUGCCAAAAAGUGCAACACCUUCAAGCACCCCGAGUGCCAAACCAUUACCCCUUGGGCCUGUGCUCGAUUCAGACGACACCACUUCAUCGUCGGAUGAAGAAGACUUUGCCAGGCUUCUUAGACUCACCAAGCCGGUGGUCAGACCAAAGAAAAAAGUGCCACCUAAACUGGUCAAGACUAAACCAUUGACAGUAGCAAUAGAUUUUAGCACCAGUACCACAGACAGUGACAGUGAUACCGAUCUUGAAAUCAGGACCAAAGACCUUGAGAGAAUAGCCUCUAAGAAAUUUUCUGUCGCAAAUGCAAAGAAUGCAAAACCAGCUGUGGCAAGUGUUAGUCCAAAGACAGCCAAAGAUGUUGCUCCUGCUACUGAAGCAAAUCCACAGAGAACUCAAAGUAGUGAGGCUUGUAUAAAUGGCCUUAACUGCUCAAGCAGUAGUAGCUCUGACAGCAGUAGUGACAGUGAUGACAACGUGAUAUCUAAAGCCACUGCUGAGGAGUCUACAAAGACUGGUGACACACAAUGGAAUAAUGGUACUACAGUUAGCAAAAUUGAUGAGAAAUCUGUUAAGCCUAAAGACAUUGAUGAAGAUUCAGAUGCCGACAUGGAAGUGGACGAGGAAGAAAUUGAGAAAGGAAGGGAGGCAGACACAGAAUUGAGCAGUGAUGAUGAGCGAUGCGUAAAUAGUGAUGACGAGGAUAGUGAGGAUAAUGCUGAAAACACCAUACAACAGGACGUUCCUACAGACCUUAGCAUGAAAUCUGUUGAUCAAACCAAUACUCAGACUCUUUCUAAGGAGAUAGAACAUGUAAGACCCUCAGGGGAUGCCCUUAGUGAACUUGCAAGCGAUGACAGUGAUGAAAAAACUGAAAAUGAUGAAAUUCUUGAUAAUCACAGUACUGAUAUUAGAUUGGAACCAGAGGUGGAAAGCACCAUCAGGCCCAUUUCUAAAAUACCAGAAGAAAGCAGCUGUACCAGAUCUAGACUCUCAUUCACAUCGUCAUCAUCAUCCUCAUCUUCGUCAUCGUCUGAAGAUGAGAAGGAGGAAGGAAAUGAGAGAGUUGAGGAGCUGAGAGAGCGUUUAUCUGCAGAGGAUCACGAUCACCAGGAGAGUGAGCCUGAAGGUGAUGCUCCUCCUACCCUUGCAGAGGUUGAAUCUCCUGUAAUUAUUCCUCAAGUACAUUCAAGUCCAUUCUUACAGCCCUAUGAUGAAAAAAUACAGGACAGUCCAUCUAGACAUGAGGACAGUUUAUUGACAGAAGACAAGGGUGAGAACUUGAUGUCCACUGACAGGAAAGAAACUCUUGAGGAUGAUGAUGAAGAAGAGCAGUUACAUGAUAUUCUGUCGCCACACACUCCAGAUCAAAGCAGGGAGAACGUAGAGGAACUGAAAGAACAUAGUUUCAGUAGCCACAGUGAUCAUAGCACUGAAGGUUCUGAAGAGAACAGGCCAGAAGAAGAUCAGUUUGACAGUACAGGACAUCCUGUGGAGGAUGGUAGAGAGAUGGAAGAGUUUCAAGAGCCAAAAAUUCUUGAGCCAACUGAGGCAGAGGAUAUGGAGACUGCUGAGGCCAUUGAAUCCAUCAUGGAAAUCGAUCCUCAAGAAAGGAGGUCUCCGGAGUGCAUGGCUGAUAGUGAUGAUCAUGAGCAAACAUACCAGCCCAAUUCCGAAUCGGAUUUCCCGAAUUUCAGUGGCAGUGAUACCCAGGAAAUCAGGUCCAGGAAUAGCUGCAGUGACAUGGAUAUGCUUGGGAUGAAUGACCAUCCAAUGGUGCCACCAGCAUCAGCAGAGGCGCCUGCUAUUGAUGUGGCUUCUGUGAUGGACACCCCUCAAUCACUUGACACAUCACCAAUGUGCAUGAACACUGGUUUGUCCUCUGUAGAAGGAUCCAACAAUGUGGAGAACCAGGAAGUUGUAGAGCGACCCAUGAUGGAUAUCCCCAGCACCAUGCCUACACCACAGUCAAUGGAACCUGUGCCUGUAUUAGAUACCAUUCCACCUUUAGACACCACUCAAAGCAUGGAAAGUACUCAACAGAUGAUGGACACUGUACCUGGGAUCAUGGACUCUGCGCCUCAGAUGAUGCCAGUGCAACCGCCCACUGUAGAGCAACAACCACAAUCUGUUAUCAAUUCUACCCCUCCCCAAAUAGACUCUCAUGUAGUACACCAACCGUGUAUGGAUACAAAUGUUCACCUUGAAACACAGCAGCACCUAGAUGCACCACAAGCACCUCCGGCCGACCAGCAGCAAUCGCAGAUGUUGGGCCCUCAGGGACAGAUGCCGCAGCAAAUGCACCAUUCCGGAAUUUCUUCUUGUCAAAAUAAUUUACAGACUUCUAUGGGUGGCAACACCCAUGAGAAUAUGCAGUCAAUGGGCAUGCCAGAAUAUGGACGUUCUGGUGAGAUGACUCAACAUGGCAUGCAGAUGGGUUACCAGUCUUGCAGCAACCCUGUGAGGAGGUACGGGAACUGUAUGGAAAUAGCUGAUCAUCAUGGUCUAGACCAGGCAGAGAUGAUGCCCAACCCUGGUAUGACAGGGGUAAGAGGAAUGGGGAAUCUAGGGAGCCCUCAGAUGCACCAUAAUCUCAAUAGUCCACAUGGAGACAUUUGCAGUACUAACAUUGGUCCUCAGCAAGCACCACCUCCACAGCAGCAACAACAGCAACAGCCACAACAAGGUUACAGCCCCAAGCAAUCUAGUCCACCAGGAAGACCUGGUAUGGGUCAGCCAGUGCCAAGCAUCAGUCCACAAAUGAAUUCCCUCAAUAGUCCUCAGCUUGGAAAAAUGAAUAGUCCACACCAGAUCAAUAAUCUGCAGAGUCCGCAGGUCUGCAGCCCAGCGAUGGGUGCACCUAUGUGCAGUCCAGCGAUGACCAACAAUAAUCCACUCUGCAGUCCCAGUUUAAACAACACGCAGGUAUGCAGCCCAGUUAUGAAUGUUUCUGCAUGUAGCCCUGCACUGAACAAUAAUAAUCAGGUGUGCAGCCCAGUUUACACCCAGUCAUGCAGUCCCGCUCGUAGCACCGGUCCAGCCUGUAGCCCUGCCAUGACUUAUCCACCGGUCAAGAGUCCAGUGAUUACCUCCGCAACUUCAUGCAGUCCGCAGAUGCAUAACGCACCUGUGUGCAGCCCUCAAAUGCGCAGUCCACAGGUGUGUUCUCCAAUGGGACAGCCUGGAGCAGGAUGUGUUAUGAAGCCCCCACUUGGAUCACCCACUGGACACAAUGGUAACAAUUCAAAUAAUAAUGUUAUGUUUGGACCAGGAGGCCAGCAGUCACAGAACAAGAGAGGUUCUACAAGCAGCCUUGCUGCACUCCAGCAGCUGACAAAUGAAAUUUUGCCAAACAAGCCACUAACAGUCCCACGAUCACCCAAGCCUACAGCUAAUCUUACACCUCCACAGAAUCCAACACCACCACCAGUGCCAACACCCCCAGUUCAGAAUGCUCAAGUGCAUAUGCCAAGGAAUGUCACUCCGCCAGUUUCUCAAUCACACAGACAGACUCCUCAACGUAGAGUUUCUAUGGCUGCUGUGGAUCAUGUACAGCAGCACCAGCAGCAGUCACAACAACAACAACAACACUCUGGUAUGAAGCCUGGAGGUGUCCCACAGCCUGGAGUUGAUCGCAGACUAUCGCAGCAGGGAGCAGAUCACAUUACCCGUCAUGGACCUGAAAUUAUGAAUCAACAUAGAGCCGAUAUGCAGAAACAGCAUGGCAUGGACACCAUGCAUGGUUCAACUGGUAUGCAGCAUCAAGUGGUUCAACAACAACAGCAGCAGCAACAUCAGCAGCAGCAGCAACAACAGCAGCAUCAGCAGCAGCAACAACAGCAACAUCAACAUCAUCAACAGCAACAACAUCAUCAGCAACAGCAGCAGCAUCAACAACAGCAGCAACAACAACAGCAGCAGCAACAACAGCAGCACAGACAAGAAAUAAUGCAACAGCAGAGGCAAAGUGUACACUCUCAGCAGAGGCAAGAUGUAGCAACUCCUCACAGACAUAGGCAUGACUCCAUGACUUCUCACUUGCAGGACACCAACAUGCCAAGUCAUAUGCAGCAGGAACAGCCUAUGUUACAGCAUCAUCAGGACAACAUGGCCAGUAACAUGAGGCCAGAGAUGAUGAACCCUCACAUGCAUAACCCCAUGAUGACGACUCGCAGACCUGAGAGUGUAGGACCUCACAUAGCUGACAGUCGGAGAGACACUUCCACACCACACGGAACAGAUGCUAUGGCCCAGCACAUGCAAGUUCAGGAAAUGAGAAGAGAUACAGCCACACCCCAUCGGCAAGAUACCAUGGCUCAUAACAUGCAGGAAGCAAUGACACCACAUCUGCAAGACCCGAUGGCUGGCCAGAGAUUAGACACCGCCACUCCUCAUCGGGAAGAUGCCAUGACGCCUCACAUUAUAGACAACAUGGCGUCACAAAGACAUGAUGCAAUGACAAGGCAGGCUUCAAUGACACCACAUCUUCAAGAGACUGUAACGCAACCAAGGCAAGACACAAGAACUCCUCAUCGUCAGGGUACCUUUGGUCAGCAACGUCAAGACACCAUGACCCCUCGUAGGCAAGAAUCUACAUCUGUGUCAAGACAUGAAGCAAUAGUUCAGCACGGCCAGAGUGGAUCAUCAUCCUUGAGGCAUGAAAGACGUGCAAUGCAACAGCAACAACGUGCGGCUGCAGCUGCUGCAGCAGCUGCCGCAGCGGAACAGCUCCAUCAACCACAGAUGCCCCAACAGCAGACACAUCCUAAUCAGAUGAAUCCAGCUAUUUCUCUCCACCAUCAGCAGCAGCAACAGCAGCAGCAACAACAGCAGCAACAGCAUUACGGUCAACACCUUCCUCAUCAUCUCCAGCAACAGAUUGGCAGUGCCCAGCCACCCUCUGCAGCUGUGGCUGCUGCUGCAGCGAUGCAUAGCAUGCAUCCUAGCAAUUACAAAGCUUACAGCCAUUUCCAAGGCCACCCGACUCACAACCCGGCCAGCCCACAUCCAAAUAUGAUGCCAGCCGUCCAGCAGCACUGCAAUUCUACGCGUCCUUACAAUUACUUUGGCCAGUACCCAUCGUCUCCCCGACACCCUUCUGGACCGAUGAAUGGCUACAUGCAGGCACGGAUGAUGUCCAACAGCUACCAUCCGAGUGGCACCCCGGGAUUUAUGGAACAACCAAGCAUGCAUAUGCAAAUGGAGAUGGCUCACAUGGCUCGCCAGCAGCACAACCAGUCCGGAAUGUAUCCCAACUACCCUCGCUUCAUGAAACCGUCCAUGGGAAGCCAAUCCGUCAUGAGAAGAUGAUACUAACCAAUGUUUCAUUCUAACUUUCUUCAGAAAUUAAAACCACAAUUAAGAAAUUCUCUGUGCUCAUCUCACUCAAUCCCUGUCACACAUGCUCUUCAAUUACUAGGAAAUUCCAUGUACAGU